UCACUGUGAAUUGGAGUUGAAAAAGCUUGACUGGCGUCAUUCAGGAGCUGGAUGGCGUGGGACAUGUGCAACCAGGACUCUGUAUGGAGUGACAUCGAGUGUGCUGCUCUGGUUGGUGAAGACCAGCCUCUUUGCCCAGAUCUUCCUGAACUUGACCUUUCCGAACUAGACGUGAACGACUUGGAUACAGACAGCUUUCUGGGUGGACUCAAGUGGUGCAGUGACCAAUCAGAAAUAAUAUCCAAUCAGUACAACAAUGAGCCUUCAAACAUAUUUGAGAAGAUAGAUGAAGAGAAUGAGGCAAACUUGCUAGCAGUCCUCACAGAGACACUGGACAGUCUCCCCGUGGAUGAAGACGGAUUGCCCUCAUUUGAUGCACUGACAGAUGGAGAUGUGACCACUGAGAAUGAGGCUAGUCCUUCCUCCAUGCCUGACGGCACCCCUCCGCCUCAGGAGGCAGAAGAGCCGUCUCUACUUAAGAAGCUCUUGCUGGCACCGGCCAACACUCAGCUAAGUUAUAAUGAAUGCAGUGGUCUCAGCACCCACAACCAUGCAAACCAUAAUCACAGGAUCAGAACCAACCCUGCAGUUGUUAAGACUGAGAAUUCAUGGAGCAAUAAAGCAAAGAGCAUUUGUCAACAGCAAAAGCCACAAAGACGACCCUGCUCGGAGCUUCUCAAGUAUCUGACCACAAAUGAUGACCCUCCUCACACCAAACCCACGGAGAACAGGCACAGCAGCAGAGACAAAUGCACCUCCAAAAAGAAGUCCCACACGCAAUCGCAGUCACAACAUUUACAAGCCAAACCAACAACUUUAUCUCUUCCUCUGACCCCAGAGUCACCAAAUGACCCCAAGGGUUCCCCAUUUGAGAACAAGACUAUUGAACGAACCUUAAGUGUGGAACUCUCUGGAACUGCAGGCUUAACUCCACCCACAACUCCUCCUCAUAAAGCCAACCAAGAUAACCCUUUUAGGGCUUCUCCAAAACUGAAGUCCUCUUGCAAGACUGUGGUACCUCCGCCGUCAAAGAAGCCCCGGUACAGUGAGUCUUCUGGUACCCAAGGCAAUAACUCCACCAAGAAAGGGCCUGAGCAGUCUGAGUUGUACGCACAGCUCAGCAAGUCCUCAGUGCUCACCAGUGGACACGAGGAAAGGAAGGCCAAGCGGCCCAGUCUACGGCUGUUUGGUGACCAUGACUAUUGUCAGUCAAUUAAUUCCAAAACGGAAAUACUCAUUAAUAUAUCACAGGAGCUCCAAGACUCUAGACAACUAGAAUAUAAAGAUGCCUCCUCCAAUUGGCAGGGGCAAAUUUAUUCUUCCACAGAUUCAGACCAGUGCUACCUGAGAGAGACUUUGGAGGCGAGCAAGCAGGUCUCUCCUUGCAGCACCAGAAAACAGCUCCAAGACCAGGAAAUCCGAGCUGAGCUGAACAAGCACUUCGGUCAUCCCAGUCGAGCUGUUUUUGACGACGAAGCAGACAAGACCAGUGAACUGAGGGACAGCGAUUUCAGUAAUGAACAAUUCUCCAAACUACCUAUGUUUAUAAAUUCAGGACUAGCCAUGGAUGGCCUGUUUGAUGACAGCGAAGAUGAAAGUGAUAAACUGAACUACCCUUGGGAUGGCACGCAAUCCUAUUCAUUGUUUGAUGUGUCGCCUUCUUGUUCUUCUUUUAACUCUCCAUGUAGAGAUUCUGUGUCACCACCCAAAUCCUUAUUUUCUCAAAGACCCCAAAGGAUGAGAUCUCAUUCAAGGUCCUUUUCUCGACAUAGGUCGUGUUCCCGGUCACCAUAUUCCAGGUCAAGAUCGAGGUCCCCAGGCAGUAGAUCAUCUUCAAGAUCUUGCUACUACCACGAGUCAAGCCACUGCAGGCACCGUGCUCACCGAAAUUCUCCCCUGUGCGCGAGAUCACGUUCAAGAUCACCUUACAGCCGUAGGCCCAGGUAUGACAGCUACGAGGAAUAUCAACAUGAAAGGCUGAAGAGGGAAGAGUACCGCAAAGAGUAUGAGAAGCGAGAGUCUGAAAGGGCCAAACAAAGGGAGAGGCAGAGGCAGAAGGCAAUUGAAGAACGUCGUGUGAUUUAUGUUGGUAAAAUCAGACCUGACACAACACGGACAGAACUGAGGGACCGUUUUGAAGUUUUUGGUGAAAUUGAAGAGUGCACAGUAAAUCUACGGGAUGAUGGAGACAGCUAUGGUUUCAUUACCUACCGUUACACCUGUGAUGCUUUUGCUGCCCUUGAAAAUGGAUACACUUUGCGCAGGUCGAAUGAAACUGACUUCGAGCUGUACUUUUGUGGACGCAAGCAAUUUUUCAAGUCUAACUAUGCAGACCUAGAUUCAAAUUCAGAUGAUUUUGACCCUGCUUCCACCAAGAGCAAGUAUGACUCUCUGGAUUUUGAUAGUUUACUGAAAGAAGCUCAGAGAAGCUUGCGCAGGUAACAUGUUCCCUGGCUGAUGAUGACAGAGGGACAGUGAAUACCUCGUGGGACAGCGCGUCCUUCCCUAACAGACUAUUGCAAGUCAUACUUAGGAAUCUCUCCUACUUUACACUGUCUGUACAAAAACAAAACAAAACAACAACAAUACAACAAGAACAACAACAACAAUGGUUUACAUGAACACAGCUGCUCUGCUGAAGAGGCAAGAGACAGAACGGAUAUCCAGUAAGCACAUGUUUAUUCAUGGGUGUCAGCUUUGCUUUCUCUGGAGUCUCUUGGUGAUGGAGUGUGUGUGUGUGUAUAUGUGUGUGUGUGUGUGUGUGUGUGUGCCUGAUUUGGGGGAAGUGUGUAUGUACAGGUGGGAACUGGGGGCACCUGACCAGAGUGUGCAAGAGCAAACCACCUUAAAUGGCAGCGGUUCCACGAAGACACACUUAAAACCUAGAACUUCAAAAUGUUCAUAUUCUAUUCAAAAGGAAAAAAAAAAAGCAUAAAUUCAAAAGGAAAGAAAACUAACCAACCAACCACAAACCACCCUAAAACGACAGCCGCUGAUGUCUGAGCAUCAGUCUCCGUACUCUGUUUUUUAAGAAAGUGCAAAAUCAACUUGAAGCAAGCUUUCUCUCAUAACAUAAUGAUGAUAUGACAAUCCCGAAGAAACCCAGGUUCUCUAGAACUAAUAUCCUUUCUCUCUCUCUGUUUUUUUUUUUUUUUUCUUUUUUUCCUUUUGCCAUGGAAUCUGGGUGGGAGAGGAUACUGCAGACACUGGAAUGCUAAACUUUCCUAACAUUUUGAAGUUUCUGUAGUUCAUCCUCUAUCUUGACACCCAUGUAAAUGUCCAACAUGUUGAUCUUCCACUGCAAAUUUCAAAAGCCUUGUCCAUGGUCAAGCGUGCAGCGUAUUCAGUGGUUCUUUCUGAGGAGCGGGCACGGUGUUACAUUACUAAUGAGAGUCUGGUAGAACUCUCUGGGGUGUGUUCAGAUAGUGUAAUUGCUACAUUCUCUGAUGUAGUUAAGUAUUUACAGAUGUUAAAUGGAGUAUUUUUAUUUUGUGUACAUACUAUACAACAAUGUUCUUUUUUUGUUACAGCUAUGCACUGUAAAUGCAGCCUUCUUUUCAAAACUGCUAAAUUUUUCUUAAUCAAGAAUAUUCAAAUGUAAUUAUGAGGUGAAACAAUUAUUGUACACUAACAUAUUUAGAAGCUGAACUUACUGCUUAUAUAUAUUUGAUUGUAAAAAAAAAAAAAAAGACAGUGUGUGUGUCCUUUGAGUGCAACAACAACAAAAUGAUGCUUUACGCACAUCCAUCCCUUCUUAGGUGAGCUUCGAUCUAAGCAUCUUGUCAAGAAAUAUCCUAGCCCCUAAAGGUAUUAACCACUUCUGCGAUAUUUUUCCACAUUUUCUUGUUGCUUGUUUUUCUUUGAAGUUUUAUACACUGGAUUUGUUAGGGGAAUGAAAUUUUCUCAUCUAAAAUUUUUCUAGAAGAUAUCAUGAUUUUAUGUAAAGUCUCUCAAUGGGUAACCAUUAAGAAAUGUUUUUAUUUUCUCUAUCAACAGUAGUUUUGAAAC